CGUUUUGCGUCAUCGUAACCUAUAUUAUGACAAAACGAGGUAUGAGGUAGUGGUGCCUGAAACAUGUCUGUGCUCCCCAAGGAAUGACUGGCUGGGAAUCUCCCUGCCAACUAAAUCAGUGAUUUGCUUCAUUGUAGCGACUCAGUUGGAGCGUUACAACAAACAAAGGCAGUCGCUUUUCUUAUUUAUUCAAGAGAAACAUGGCGGAGUUCUCGCCCGUUCUGGCGUUGCGGGAUGGAGGACGAGGCCAGCCCAUCUUCCCUCGGUCCAGGUCUGGUUCUGAGUCAGAGAGCGAACUGUCCCAGAGCCUAGCCCGGACCAAGAUCCGCUCGUACGGAAGCACCGCCAGCGUCACGGCCUCUCUGGGGGAGAAAUACAUAGAGCAUCGUGUUACAGACAGCGAUACCCUGCAGGGGAUUGCUCUCAAGUACGGUGUUACGAUGGAGCAAAUCAAGAGAGCCAAUAAGCUGUUCAGCAAUGACUGCAUCUUCUUGAGGAACAGCCUCAACAUCCCUGUGGUGUCGGAGAAGCACUCCAUAUUUAACGGACUGUCUCUGGAAUCUCCUGAUGGAGAUGGUGAAGCAGUGUGCCAGGAAGCAGAUACACCCUGUGUUAUAUCACAGGAUGUUGAGGGACCCUCGCCACCCCGUUCCCUGUCCCAUGGGGACUCCAAACCCCCUCAGUCUCAGUCCCAGCCGGAGGAGCUGUCAGCCAAAGACUUCUUACACAGACUGGACUUGCAAAUUAAACAGUCAAAGCAGGCUGCACGCAGGCUAAAAGAAGAGGAAGCAAGGAGCAAUGAUGACAACUACCCCACAACAUCAUACCAGCAGAUAUAAAGGAGCAGUCUGUUUCACCUGAAGCCCUGCCUCGUGCAAACACUACCAAGACUUCAUUGCUUUUCUUUCUCUCUACCUUUUUGCUUUUACCAAACCACAGUGAACAAAUGUGUCAUGUCUGCCUUUUAUUUAUUGAUAUGCAAUCAUUGUUCUUGUUUUUGUAUUAGCACAGAGGAGCAUCUGAUAUAAAUAGCAUCGGAGCACGUGUCUAUCCACACAUCAUAUGCUUCUGAAGCUACUGUACAGAACCCACCUGCUGCAUAUGUUCACAUAUACACACAAAGUGCUAAGCAGAGGCAGAAGGAUUACCUGGUUAUACUUGCUAACCGCUUUUGACAUUCUAAACCACUUUCUAGAAUAGUAUCAUUGUAAAGUAUCUUCAGACCUUCCUAGUCAGUGUUUACCUUGAGUUGAGCACACCCUGACAGAAGUGGUGGAUGGACUCAUACCUUUGAACACAUUCAAUUUGCCCCAUAGGAGCUUUUUUAUUUUGGAACAAAAGGGGCUGCUCUAUUUUUUGAAGUGUGAAUGCAUUAUUUAUGUGUGUGGAGAACUGUCUGUAAAUGCUGUUUUAUUGUGCUUUUAAAUUCUGUUUGGUUUUAUUUGGGAAGAAUAAAUAUGUAAUUAAA